AUGCCUGCUGUUGAUGUUUCCUCCGUUCCUGCGGUCUCCGGCAAGGAGACUGCCCAGGCCGUCGCCGUCCUCGAGGACCUGCUCAAGAACCUGAGCGUCUCCUCGUCUGCUGACGAGGCCCACGCCGCCAGCGACAACCUGGCUCACUACCUCAGCGGUCCCAUCCCUGAGCAGACUCUGCCUCUCAAGGCCGUCGACGCUUUCAAGAAGCAGCUCGCCAACAAGAAGGAUGCCACUGCCCGUGAGCGUGCUUGCCAGGGUAUCCGGGCCAUCGCCUCCCACGCCACCAUCGCCCCCGGCGUUGAGCCUCACCUUGUCUCUCUCCUUCGCCCCGUCCUUGCCGCUGUCGGUGACAAGAUGGCUCCCGUGAAGCAGGCCGCCGAGGGUGCUGCUAUCGCCAUCGUCAAGGGCAUCAACGGCAACGCCGUCAAGGCUGUCCUCCCCCCCAUCCUCGAGUCCGUCACCGAGGCCCAGAAGUGGCAGGAGAAGAUGUGCGCUCUUGACUGCAUCAACAGCCUGGUCGAGACUGCUCCCGCCCAGCUCUCUUUCCGUGUUCCUGAGCUCAUUCCCGUUGUCUCCGAGGCCAUGUGGGAUACCAAGGCUGAGAUCAAGAAGGCUGCCUACUCCACCAUGGAGAAGGUUUGCGGUCUGAUCGUCAACAAGGAUAUCGAGAAGUUCAUUCCCGAGCUUAUCCGCUGUAUCGCCAAGCCCGAGAACGUCCCCGAGACCGUUCACCUGCUGGGUGCUACCACUUUCGUUUCCGAUGUCACUGGCCCCACCCUGGCUAUCAUGGUGCCCCUGCUUGACCGUGGUCUCGUUGAGCGUGAGACUGCCAUCAAGCGUAAGUCCGCUGUCAUCGUCGACAACAUGUGUAAGCUCGUGGAGGACCCUCAGAUCGUCGCUCCCUUCUUGCCCAAGUUGAUGCCCCGUCUCGAGAAGAACUUCCAGACUCUCGCCGAUCCUGAGGCCCGUGGCAAGACCAAGCAGGCCUUGGAUACCCUCACCCGUGUCGGUGAUGUCAAGGAUGGCAAGAUCCCCGAGAUCUCUACCGCCGGUGACAUUGCCACCGUUUCCGGUAUCCUGAAGGAGAUUCUCUCCGCCAAGUACAAGGCCCAGGCUGAGCAGAGCGAGGCCAUCAUCACCUACGUUGGUGCUAUCGGUGGUCAGCUCGUCGAUGAGAAGGACUCCGACGUCACCAGCUGGACCCAGAACGCUCUUCCCUACAUCACCGCCAUCGUCGGCGAGCAGGAGGCCCGCCCUAUCGCCGAGGCUCUCCGCAAGAAGGCUUCUCCUGAGGCCGCUGCUGGCGACGACGUUCCCUCCGACGAGGAGGAGGGUGAGGAUCUGUGCAACUGCACUUUCUCCCUCGCUUAUGGUGCCAAGAUUCUGCUUAACCAGACUCACCUUCGUCUGAAGCGUGGUCAGCGCUACGGUCUCCUCGGCCCCAACGGUACCGGUAAGACCACUCUCAUGCGUGCCAUCAACAACGAGCAGCUUGAGGGCUUCCCCAAGAAGGAUGAGGUCAAGACCGUCUACGUCGAGCACGACCUUGACGCUGCCGACACCGAGCAGACUGUCAUUGGCUGGACCAUGAAGAAGCUCCGCGAAGUCGGUCUGGACCCCAAGCAGGAGGAAGUCGAGGCUAAGCUCGAGGAGUUCGGUUUCCUCCGUGAGCAGUUCGAGGGCCCCAUCACCUCUCUGUCUGGUGGUUGGAAGAUGAAGCUCGCCCUUGCCCGUGCCGUCUUCGAGGAGCCUGAUAUCCUUCUCCUUGACGAGCCGACCAACCAUCUCGACGUCCGCAAUGUCCAGUGGUUGGAGAACUACCUUUGCAACUCUCCCUGCACGUCCAUCAUUGUGUCCCACGACUCCAAGUUCCUUGACAACGUCAUCCAGCACGUCGUCCACUACGAACGCUUCAAGCUCAAGCGUUACCGUGGCUCCCUGAGUGAGUUCGUCAAGAAGGUUCCCUCUGCUCGUUCUUACUACGAGCUGGGUGCCUCUGAGCUCGAGUUCAAGUUCCCCGAGCCCGGUUUCCUUGAGGGUGUCAAGACCAAGGCCAAGGCUAUCAUCCGUGUUAGCAACAUGUCCUUCCAGUACCCCGGCACUCCCCGGCCCCAGAUCCAGGACAUCUCCUUCCAGGUGUCUCUUGGCUCUCGUAUUGCCGUCAUUGGUCCCAACGGUGCCGGCAAGUCCACCCUGGUGAACGUUCUCACUGGUGAGCUGAUCCCCACCGCUGGUGAGGUCUACCAGCACGAGAACAUCCGUAUCGCCUACAUUAAGCAGCACGCCUUCGCCCACAUCGAUAACCACCUCGACAAGACUCCCUCCGAAUACAUCCAGUGGCGUUUCCAGACCGGUGAGGACCGUGAGACCAUGGACCGUGCCAACAAGAUCGUCACCGACGAGGACGAGAAGGCCAUGGACAAGAUCUACAAGAUCGACGGCACUCCCCGUCGUGUCAUCGGUAUCCACUCCCGUCGUAAGUUCAAGAACUCUUACGAGUACGAGUGCUCCUUCCUGCUGGGUGAGAACAUCGGCAUGAAGAGCGAGAAGUGGACUCCCAUGAUGAGCAACGACAACGCCUGGAUUCCUCGUUCCGAGAUCAUCCAGUCCCACGCCAAGAUGGUCGCCGAGGUCGACCAGAAGGAGGCCCUCGCCAGCGGUCAGUUCCGUCCCCUGGUCCGCAAGGAAAUCGAGCAGCACUGCGAGCAGUUCGGUCUCGAUGCCGAGCUUGUCUCUCACUCCCGCAUGCGCGGUCUCUCCGGUGGUCAGCGUGUCAAGGUCGUCCUCGCCGCCUGCUCGUGGCAGCGCCCCCACGUCAUCGUCCUGGACGAGCCCACCAACUACCUUGACCGUGACUCCCUCGGUGCUCUCUCCAAGGCCCUCAAGACCUUCGAGGGCGGUGUCGUCAUCAUUACUCACUCUCUCGAGAAGAAGAAGAAGCUUACAUCUUCCGAAGCGAGAAAGAAGAAGAAAGAACGCAUGGCUCGCAAGAAGCGCGGAGAGGAGGUCUUCUCCGACGACGACGACUUCUAA